ACCUGGCAUAACAAUAUGUACCGAUUUGGGGUUAAUUCCUCAUCUGCUCCGAAACCUUAACCCUAACCCUAACCCUAGUCAGGAACAAGGGAUCAAUCAAUGGCGACGAUAAGCUUGAGGAAAGGGAACACACGGCUUCCGCCGGAGGUGAACCGUGUGCUUUACGUGCGCAACCUCCCGUUCAACAUCUCGAGCGAGGAGAUGUACGAUAUCUUCGGCAAGUAUGGAGCAAUCCGCCAGAUCCGGCUGGGCACCAACAAGGACACUCGCGGCACAGCCUUCGUUGUCUACGAGGACAUUUAUGACGCCAAGACCGCAGUCGACCAUCUCUCCGGCUUCAACGUCGCUAAUCGCUACCUCAUUGUCCUUUAUUACCAGCAGGCCAAGAUGUCAAAGAAGCAGGACACUAAGAAGAAGGAGGAAGAGAUCAUGAAGAUGCAAGAGAAGUAUGGGCUAUCAUCCAAAGAUAAGUAGUAGUUUGGUUGGUCUCUCUGCCACUCUUUUGUUUGUGUAUCUCUUAUAAUGAAUGGAUUUGACUGAUGUAUUAUUGACUUUUUUGGAUUAGAACUCUGGUUUUGCAAUGAUAUGUUACAUUUACCAUAACUUGUUUGAUGAAUUGUCAGCAUGUUCUUUUGUUUU